CAAAAAACAUAUAAAAUAAAUUAACAAAACGGUUAACGAAAUUAAAAUUCAGAUAGUCUCGUCUUCCAUUGCUUCUCCGAAAUGAAUCGGUUUUUUCCGACCAAACAUGGCCUUAUUUUCUGCGAUUAUUGAGAGUGACAAAGAUAUAUGUAUUGAUGUUUAAUUUGAUUUAUGAAUUUUAUAAUUAAAGUUUUGAUAAAGAAUUGGAGAAACAAUGAAGGCGAUGGAGACGAUACAGGAUCUGAUCGAGGAAGCCAAACUGCGAGCGGUGUGGUGGGCCUUGUGUAUAUUCACCUUCUGUUAUUUCUUGUCUCAUACAAGUACGUCAAUGUGGAUGAAUUUGCCUAUAUCCAUACUUAUAGUUUGUUCUCUACGAAUUUUAUCUAAUGAGGUGGAAUUCUCAUGGAAGGUUAAAAGAGUGCAUCCACAAACUUAUUUAUCCAGGUUGGGGAAGAAACAGUUGUCUACCGAUGAUUCUCGGCUUUCUAAUGCACCACCCUUGCCAAGAUGGAAGCGGAAAAUUGAUUCUCCUAUUGUGGAGGCUGCAAUUAAUGAUUUUAUAGAUAAAAUUUUGAAGGAUUUUGUUGUUGAUUUAUGGUAUUCAGAAAUUACUCCAGAUAAGGAAGCCCCAGAGCUAAUGCGAACUAUAAUCAUGGAUGCUAUUGGUGAAAUAUCAGGAAGGGUCAAAGAGAUAAACCUUGUUGACCUGCUAACAAGUGAUAUAGUAGAUUUAAUAGGGGAACACUUAGAUCUUUUUAGAAGAAACCAAGCUGCUAUUGGUGUUGAUGUUAUGGGAACGCUGUCCUCUGAGGAGCGUGAUGAAAGAUUGAAACAUCAUCUUAUGGUCUCUAAGGAGCUUCAUCCGGCAUUGAUAUCUCCUGAGAGUGAGUACAAGGUUCUUCAACGGAUAUUUAGUGGAGUGCUAGCUGUAGUGCUACGACAACGAGAAGCUCAAUGCCCCAUUGUUCGAACAAUUGCUAGGGAGCUUGUAACUUGUUUGGUGAUGCAACCUAUUAUGAAUUUAGCAAGUCCAAUAUAUAUCAACGAAGUGAUUGAAAUCAUUUUACUUUCAAUUAGAGAUGAUAAUGGAGAUUUUCUAUCAAAGCCAUAUUCUUCUUUGAAUAAUCAAGGGAGAGAUAUGACUUUGGUUAAAUUCGGUGAUCAAAGAGAAACAUCUUUGGAUAACAAUACAUACUUGGAAGAUAUGCGUCUGCGUUCAGCUGAUUGGGCACAAGUGCUGAAGGCUGUCACUGAAAAAAGAGAUGAAGUUCUUACCCCUGAAAAUCUUGAGAACAUGUGGACAAAGGGAAGAAAUUAUAAGAGGAAAGAGCAGAAAAGUGUAAAAGCAGGAGUUGAAAAACAUGUAAUUAAUACUGCUGUGGCUACUGGAAAUAUGGGGAAAGAAAUGUCUAGCAACUGGACUGAGCCAUGUGCUGGAGCAGAUGAUAAAUCUGUGUUACGGCUAACAGUGGGAUUAGGUUCUAACACUCAAUUAAUUGAUAGGAAUGAAAAUGGGACACAUUUGCACCAGAGUUUUGAUAAAUCAUCGUCAUUUGAUGAAGGACGUGCUGUUGCUGUAUUGGAAGACAUUAAUAAUCUUGGUGCUGAUGGAAAUAAAAAUAGGCUUAAGAGAUCCAAUAGUACUUCUGCUCUUAAAGUCCUACCUGAUGCCAAGAAGGCUUUUACUGGAGAUAGUGAGGGGCCCGUUGUUGCUGAGUCCUGCAGCCCAGAUCUUGGUAGGUGUAGGGAAGAAUAUAGGGGUAUGAAUGCUUCUGAUAUAAUAGUCCGAAGUGAGGGACAACAUGUUGCUAAGCUUAAGUGCCGGAUUAUAGGAGCUUAUUUUGAGAAACUUGGAUCAAAAUCUUUUGCAGUUUAUUCAAUUGCAGUGACAGAUUCAGAAAACAGAACUUGGUUUGUGAAAAGAAGGUAUAGGAAUUUUGAACGACUGCAUCGGCAUCUUAAAGAAAUUCCUAAUUACACAUUACAUCUACCUCCCAAAAGGAUAUUCUCCUCAAGCACUGAGGAUGCUUUUGUUCAUCAGCGCUGUAUUCAGCUCGAUAAAUAUCUGCAAGAUCUCCUGUCUAUAGCUAAUGUUGCUGAACAGCAUGAAGUGUGGGAUUUUUUAAGUGUUACCUCAAAGAAUUACUCUUUUGGAAAAUCUUCAUCAGCAAUGAGAACCCUGGCAGUAAAUGUGGAUGAUGCUGUGGAUGAUAUUGUACGGCAGUUUAGAGGAGUUUCAGAUGGUUUAAUGAGAAAAGUUGUAGGUUCAUCUCUCAACCUUGAUGAAGCCUCUUCCUCAUACGGUAGAAACUUUUCAUUCAAGGCAGAUGAGAUAUGUACUCAUAUUACAAGGCAAAGUACCCCCGAAACAGUUAAUAGCUUUUCUGAUCAUGAAGAAGGUGGUAAAGACGAAAGCUAUGGCCAUGAGAAAGUCACAUCUAGUACACAAGAUAGUGGUCGGCAUUCAGAUAAUGAAUUGAACUCAAAGGGUUUCCCACCUCAGGUAAUGAAACAUGGUGAAGAUGCUAAAAACCUAGAUUUGGCAAGAAAACACAGUUCUGAUGCAAAAUCUGAACGGUUUGCCCAUGGUGGAUCACCUAUGGCCAAAUUUUCGGCAACUCCUGAUCAUUUGGAAGACCCAAUUGGAAUGCCACCAGAGUGGACUCCGUCUAAAGUAAGUGUGCCUCUGUUAAAUCUGGUUGACACGGUUUUUCAGCUAAAGAGAAGAGGCUGGCUAAGAAGACAGGUCUUUUGGAUAUCAAAGCAAAUACUGCAGCUGUUAAUGGAAGAUGCUAUUGACGACUGGAUCUUGAGACAAAUUUAUUGGGUUCGAAGGGAAGACAUUAUUGCUCAAGGAAUUCGGUGGAUUCAAGAUGUUCUCUGGCCUGGUGGCACAUUUUUUAUACCAAUGGGGAAUAUUCAAAGCAAACUCGAUGAUGCUCAAGCAGACCAGAAAUUUUUUCAGGGUGGAAACCAAUCUGGUGGCCACAGGGCCUCAAAGUCAGUGUCCUUUGAGGAACAACUUGAAGCUGCUCGGAGAGCAAGUGAUCUCAAGAAAAUGCUCUUAGAGGGAGCUCCAACUGCCUUGGUCAGCUUGAUCGGGGCUAAGCAGUACAAGCGGUGUGCCAAAGACAUAUAUUAUUUCACUCAGUCUACCAUAUGUGUAAAGCAACUUGCAUACGCAAUACUUGAACUCAUAAUCAUAUCGGUGUUCCCAGAGUUGCGGGAUCUCAUACUAAACCUUCAUGAGAAGAUGCGAGUUCCACCGGCAUAAUAAAGCCCUAACAACACUUUCUGGUGCAUAUUUUCAAUGACAUUUCAUGUGAAUAUCAUAAUACAGACAAGAGAGAUUCUUUACUGGUUAGUCGCAUGGAAAUUUGUUUAGAACUCUGGGAAUAGUUUGGCAAUUGUACAUUAGAGCCUGUAUAGAAACAAGAAAAAGAAAUGCUUGUAUUCAAGCGAAUUCCCCCAGUGGAGGGGAUUUUGUUAUCUUGCAUAGUCGACAAAAUACUGAUGAGACUAUCAAUUGAUUCUUUCAUUAUCAUUCA